GUCGUCAGUGAGGGAGGGUUGAGGCGCGCGCUGCUCGCGCGGACGAGAACUCGGCUCAGCCAUGUGGCUGAUGUUGCCAGUAUCUAUAUUACUGGCAUUUUUCGCUUGUGAUGGGCACGCGGCGCGCAACAACGACGUUAAGCAGACCAUCGCAGAGCUGCUCACCGACUAUGACAUCAGACUGCGCCCUAACUUCGGCGGUGAGCCUUGCUACAUCGGCAUGGACAUCACCAUCGCGUCAUUCGACUCCAUCUCGGAGGUGAACAUGGACUACACCAUCACUAUGUACCUCAACCAGCAAUGGACAGACGAUCGACUGUCCUUCAGUUCAGACGACGAAGUUAUCACCUUGCCGGGAGAAUUCGCCGAGAUGAUCUGGGUGCCCGACACGUUCUUCGCCAACGACAAAAAUAGUUACCUGCACGACGUGACUGAAAAGAACAAGAUGAUUCGGUUGCGUGGCGACGGCACCAUCACGUAUGGCAUGCGCUUCACCACGACACUCGCAUGCAUGAUGGACCUUCAUUAUUUCCCUCUGGACAUGCAGAAAUGUUCCGUCGAGAUAUUGAGUUAUGGCUACACCUUAGCAGAUUUGGUCAUGUACUGGCAGGAUAUAGCGGUUGUGGGCGUUGAACAAGCUGAACUACCGCAGUUUACCAUCGUGGGGUACAACACCACGUCAAGUGUCGAAGAGCUCGCUACAGGCCGUUACGGUCGACUUACGAUCACCUUCGAGCUGUCCAGAAACAUCGGAUAUUUCAUUUUCCAAACGUACCUGCCGAGUAUCAUAAUCGUAAACUUAUCAUGGGUCUCCUUCUGGAUCAACCAUGAAGCUCCUGCUGCUAGAGUUACUUUAGGCAUCACGACCGUACUCACCAUGACGACCAUCAGUACGGGUGUACGGGCUUCCUUACCUAGCAUUUCUUACCUGAAGGCCAUCGACAUUUACCUCGUCAUGUGCUUCGUCUUCGUCUUUGCUGCUCUGCUAGAAUAUGCUGCAGUUAACUUCUUAUUCUGGAGUCAAAAGACAAAGAAGCCCAAAAAGGUUAAGCCAGCCAAACAACCUAAGCCUGCUCCACCACUACAUCCGCCUGGCAAGAUGGACGGCGUCGCUAACCAACCUGACGAGAUCAUCGAACUACAGGAUGCCACGAGUCCGAUUCCUUCGAUCAGACAUCGGCACAACUCGAAGCUUUCAAGUCGAGAAAGCAAUUCUCAAGACCUGAAGUCUCCACCAUCCUUCCGGACCAACAGGAACUACAUGUCGUCGCGUAGCCUGUCAAGCACCAACAAGCAGCUGUCACGCAAGAAACUAAUUGCCAGUAUCCGCAAAGAAGCUGCAAAGGCCAAAGCUAGCAUCCCUAAAUUAACAGAUGUCACUGUCAUCGACCAUUACUCACGUGUCAUUUUCCCCGUCGCUUUCAUGAUUUUCAACAUAGGAUAUUGGGGCUUUUAUUACGCAUAAGUCUGAUCUUGAGGAUCAGUCUUAUAGAAAUCGUUGUCUUCCAGCCCCAAAAUAUAUUCCUGCAAAACGCUUAUAUGACUAACGAAUAAUAACCUAGCUACCAGUCUAGUCACCUCUGUUAUCAAUGAAAUUUCAACUCUAUUAUCAAUUUACCAAUCGAAACUUUCAUCGAUUCCAAAUAUCAUGAGGAAAUGAGUAUGACGUCAUGAAUUGCUCUGAUAUGCCUAGUCUCAUCACAGAUGGAUUAUAUUCUUAUCAGUAUCAUUUCUAAAACGGUAAUUUGCCUUCCUAAUAGAUAGAUAAAUUAGUCCGUUCAAUCAUAGAGAAAAAAUAUAUUUUGAAUAGCAUUGACAUCAUUCUAAGAAGAAUAAAUAGGUAUAACUCAAAUACUUCCUACCAUUGAACUCUAAAAACCGAUUUCGUACUUAUUCACGAAUUUAGUUAAUUUCUCCAUAAGCUUUUAUUUUUCCACGGUUCAUAAAUUUGUUUAUUGUAAAUAAUGUACAGAAACUUCGGUUGUUAAUUGUUUGACCACAUUUAAAAUCUACCUAAGUUACAUAGGUGAAUAACUUAGAGGUCAUUAGCUUAAAUUUACUGCUUCGAAAAAUUGAGCCUACAGAUUAAGUCCCUUUAAUUGACUGUUUUGAUCAUUCGUUGAUAUUUGAUUCGAUCGAAAAAGCGUGCAAGAUACCGUAUUUAGGCUCAUUUCUGAAUAAAAUUAACACC